ACAAAAAUCGAGAACCCACUCACACUGUACAACGGAUUUGUGCAGACAGAUGGAAUCGACAUACGUCUCGACUACUUAUAUGGAGAGAGAUUAGACCGACGUCGUCAUGGUUCACAGCGUUCACAGGUUGUUACAGUGGGUUUACAUUGGUCAUCCCCACCAACUUUUUUAUUUUCUAUCGUUUAAUCCACCUAAAAACGGUGACCGUCUUCCUUAUUCGUCAUGAACUUGAUUUAAAUAAGGUAGAAAAAUAAAAACAAGUUCAAAUUGCGCACCGUCAAAUGGAAAUUUAUUAUCAGAGACGAGAUCGCUUUUUGGAUGAAAAUGAGAAUGAGAUGAGUGACAUUGACAUACGUCAAACGUCCGAUUUGAGGUUAUGCGAAAAUUUGUUUUCACAACACACAACAAAGUUCAUGUCCGUGCGUUAUUAAAAACUAAUUAGCGAAUCGGUUUCCGAAAGCGUCUCCGUAAUUCUGUAACUUGAAACGUAAAGAUGUCUAAAAGCGGAGUCGGUAGAGGCAGAGGUUGGCUAAAUUUAAACAAAACUCAAAGCCAGAAUGCGGUACCAAAGGUUGGGGCCGCCACAGCGGGUCAAGACCUUACAGCAGCCGAAGAAUCUCGGUACAUAGACGCUUCUAGUUCGUAUAAUGAUCUCAUUAACAAAAUUCAGCAGCUGAACAUUAAGGACGAUGGUAUACUCUUCAAUCAGAAAAUCAAAUACGUCCUAGAAAAUUGGAAGCAAGACUGUCAAAAUUCUGAACAAGUAGAAAAAAGUUUCGAUAGGAUAUACGAAAGCUGUUUGAGCGACCCAGAGCUAGGUACCAAGCUAGUCAUGAUGAUAGCAUCUAGAUCGUUCAUCACACAAGAAGUCCAUGAUCAGAAUAUAAGGCUAAUGUUUUUGACAAGAUUACAAAACUCUUUUGAAGAUGCCAAGCAGCUGCAAAAAACAAAUCCUGUCAUAUUUCGCAACAGCGUGCAUCUGCUAGGAGAGUUUUACAAUAAAGCAAGACUCGCGAACGGACAGCAGUUGCAAUUUAUGGCGACGCCUCUUUUAACAAACUUGAGGAUGUUGUUGGAUACAGCACAGUUGGACGACCUCAAAUUGUUCACCACACAGUUGUACCUGAACGGCGCGUCUCUGAAGACAGAAUGUCCAGAGGUACUCUCUGAAGUCCUCAACAAUGUGCGACUCGCGUUAAUCGGGGACAAAGUAGCCUUAAAAGAGUCCAGAUUGUGGCUCCUGUUAGCCUUGGACGUGGCUAAUAACAGAUUCGGCCUUCAACCUGCGGAAAUCCAAAAAUUCUACCAGGAACAACUUGGUGACGGAGCGAUGGCUGAUUUCCAGACCACUCCUAGCGCGCUGAGCGUGCAGACACCACCGGACAACAAGCAGCUGGACGGCUACCAGAGCGCCGUGAACGUGUUGCAAAUCUCGUCGCCGGCGCAAGAUGGCGCCACGUCACCGCCGCACCAACAGCAGUCGACUAUCCCCCCUCCCGCGCACGAGCCGAACAACGUUUCGCAGAGCAGCGGAUUCGUAUCGGACUCCAGCAUAGCCAGCAACAGGUAUUCAGUGACUUAACUCUCUGUUGGAUGGACACCAACGGGACCGACCGAACGUGUCCGUUCAAGAGGGAGGUCGGAAAAAAUAAAUACAACAAAAAUCGUAUUUUUAAAAAAAUUGGACACUUAAAACGUAUAUGUAUACUGAGUAACAAUAAAACC